UACACAGAUUUCGUAGCGAUUCUUUCAUUUCGUAUAAUUAAUUUCACCCCAAAAACCGCGAAUCAAAGCGGAUAUUGUUUAUUAACGGGCUUCCCCCUUUUCCAUUGUUCCAGAUAAUAGCGGGGAACAAAGGGCACAUUUGCGGGACGCUGAUUUACAAGGAAAAGCGAACCGAUUUCGGUGGCACGAUCAACGUGACACCCCCCAGCCUCACGCUCAAGCCGGAGGAGCUCAAAUCCUUCAAUUUGUCGUUUUCCUCGAAUCAUAAGGGUGAUUUCGUGGAGAGGGUCGAUUUCGUGGUGAAAGAGACCCUCGAGGUGCUCAGCUUGCAUAUCAAGUACGUUGCACGAGAUCGAUGGAUGGGGGAAGGGAGGGCCACGAGACACCCCUUUUUACGAUGCGUCACCUCUUUUGCAGGGGUUGCAUCAUAUGCCCGACUUUGCACUUCGACAAGGAGAGCCUCGAUUUCGGGACGACUGCCCUCGGUACGUGAGAUCAUCUUCGAAUUAGAGUCGAAUUUUGGAAGAAGAUUUCGUCGAAAAUCUUGGUCGAACACGAAACUCUUGAAUGUUUCGUUGCUCAAAAAGGAAUAAUCGAGCGAUUAUUCUCAGGUUUCAGUACGAGGCAAGACGUAUAUUUGCACAAUCUAGCCCUGAUACCGGUUGCCUUCACCUUAACCGUGCUGAACGACGGGGACGAAAUGGCACUGACGCACGAAGAUUUCGCGAGAAGUCAAACGAAGCCGUCCUUCCCGAGCAACCCCCGAGAAUUCGAGGUCUCGCCCGAGGAAGGGGUUGUAGCUUCCAACGAUUCCAUGAGAAUCAAGGUACCUACGAUCCUUCCCCCUCCCCUCUCUCUCCUUCUCUCUCCCUUUUCCCCUCGCAGUCUUUCGAAUCGCUGUUCGAAAACUAACGCCGCAGGUGAUUUACACGGCUAAUAUCGCGCGCGUCGGUCACACGAUGAUUCAAGUCGACAUGUGGGACUCCGGCUCGCACCCCGUCCUCUUGCCGAUCACGUUCUGCGGCAAAGUGACCCCAUUGACGAUCGUUCCCCAGGACAUCACGGUCCGAUUCUGCUUCCUCAAUUAUCCCUAUUCGAGAUCCAUCGACAUUACCAACAAUUCGGACAUAGACGGAUACUUUUACUUCAUACAGGAACAAGUAAACUAUUAACAACGAGGCCGUUGUUCGAGGCCGCGUAAAAAAUCCGUAAUUGAUGGAGGGGGAGAAAGAAAAGACUCUUCUUAAGACUCUUUCGUAUCGUUCAUGGUAAAAUUCACUACGCCACGGUUAUACGAGGAAUCUGCCUGAUAUUGCGGCCUCGGACGCGUUAUAAAGAUCGAGUGUACGAAAAUUGGAUUUUCUUUUUCCCCGAUUCAGGUCACGGAGGACGUAACUAUGAUAUGCUCGUUCUCCAAGUAUCAAGGAUACGUGAAAUCUCAUAAGUCGAGUACAAUCGAUGUCACUAUUAUGAUGAAGGAUUUAGGCAUUUACACACUCACGUUAAAGUAAAAAGGAAAAAAAAAAUGAUUCGUUCGAUUAUUUUAAAUCAUAUACACCGAUACAAGUGUAUGUUGUUCGAUCAGUAUGUUCGUAAUGGGAGAGACGUUUCCAUUAUCGUACGUGAGGAUAACGUGCACCGGGCAGGGGGCUGUCGUCUCGACGGAUCCAAGCAGCCUGGACUUCGGCAGGGUGAAAGUUCUCGAGGAGAAGAAGAUGGAUUUCGAGCUGAUCAACGAUUCACCUAUCCCCACUCAAUUCGCCAGAGAGAAUCAGGAGAACUCGUCGUGGAUCAUGGAACCAGAGUUUGGUGAUCUGUUGCCUCACGAGUCGAAAACGAUUACCAUCAAAGUGUUCCUGGUGAACGGUGGUGUGUACAAAGAGAGGAUCAUGUUAUCCGUGAUCGACAGCAGGACGAUCCACGUGGACGUGAAAGUGAUCGGAUACGGAUGCAGCGUGAUUUUCACGCCGCAGAUCUUCCCUGUCUUCGACUGGGGCCUACUUUUCAGUCAUCAUCAUAUAAAUCGCACGAUAACGCUGAUGAAUCGAGGCACCGUGGAGUAUCAAAUGAUAUUUAUAAACGAGCCAGAUAUACGUUUCCGGCGUGGCCAAUUGUUGACGACGAAAAGUAGCAAAUUCAAAGUGGAGCCUCAGAUCGUUCACAUACCCGCCGGAGAAACGAGAGAAGUCAAUUGUCGAUUAUUCUGGGAGGUGAACGAGCACGUGGUGGAAAAAUGGUAUGUCUUCGGCCAGUUACAAGACGCAGGGAAAAGGGAAUUGAUCGACACGUCGUCUUUCACGAUUACAUUGACGGAACCAUAUAUUGUGUUCAAUAAAAAGAUGCUAGAAUUUCGCGUGGACAGGUGCCCCACUGAAGACAAGUUGCAGCAAACAGAUGAAUUGCUCGUGACCAAUCAGUCGAAUCUGGAUCUGAAUGUGCAUCUUUCGAUAAAAGAGCCGUUUCAUUUGGUAACAUCUAAGAAAAAACACGUUCAAACGAUGAAACUUGUUCUGGUCGAUAAAAUUUCCACGAAAAUUACCGUUUUCUUCUCCUUCGACACAAACAACAAGAAUUAUUAUUCGAAAAGUUACGAGGAGGUGCUUCUGUUCGAGUAUCGGGAACAUCCUAAUCGUGAUAAAAUAAUAUGCAAGGGUUACGUGAAUUAUCCAAACAUUCUCAUAGAGCCGAACGAUUUUAUAAUUAACUGCGAGUUGGGUUGCAGCGCCGAGAAGAUAUUGACGUUAACUAAUAACGGGCCCGUAUCGGUUAUAUAUAAAUUCCUGUGGCUCGAAAAUUCCAUCGAUAUAAAACGCGAUACGCCCGUCAAACUGGAAUGCCCUGGGUGCCCGUCGCAGGAGCAAUUAGAGUCGAAAAAGGACAUCUUCGUGGCAACCGAGACGGGCGAAGAGCCUUGCAUAAGCGACAGGCAAAACGAAAGUGGAAACGAACAAUCGAUAGCGCCACCAGUAAAUUCCCCCGUUUCAGAGAAACAAGAAACGACGGAUGGGAAUCCCGAGAGAAAUAACUAUCCAGAAUUCAGACGAGAAAUUAGACAAUUUCUAUUGGAAAUUGUCGAGGAACAUUUCGAGAAGGACGAUGAUCUGAUCGUGUUACAAAAUAUGAGUGACGAUCCUCCACGAAUCGAUUACAUCAACGAGGUUUUGCAGAUUAUUCCAAACGAGGGAACAGUGCUUCCGUAUUCCGUGCAACGAGUUCACGUAGGAUUUCAUGGCUUCGAAUGGCUUCAAAUAAAAGCUACCGCCGUCUGCCAGAUUUUACGGGGCCCGACCGAGAAUGUUCAUAUAUUCGCUCGGGCGGAUAAUGUUCGAUACGAUAUCGACAACGAUGUCAUCGAUUUUGGCCAACAAUUGUUUCUGCAACGCCAACGUAAAUGUAUCACUUUGAAAAAUAUCUGCACGAUAGCGUUCGAAUUCGAGAUAAAAGAUGCUGUAAAGUUCUUCGACGAGGAGUUCAAUCGUUUCAAUUUACAUCCGUUAAAGAUCGAACCGGUGAGCGGCUGUGUGAAUCCUGAAUCGUGCGUGCAAUUUCAAGUGGAUCAUGUAGCGAUGACGCUUGGUCGUAUCGAUCAUUAUUUCCAAUUGGAGAUUGCUCACUUAAUGCCGAUCAUAAUCAAAAUAGUCGCUUACGGAGUUUUCCCUCAAGUCUAUCUGUGCAUUCCUAAAGGAAAAUUGCACCAGCACCAUUCCAUCGAGUUGGAAUAUUCAGCAAUACAAUCACUGACGGAAGAUCUCGCGGAUGACACAGUGGAGAAAGUGGUUGCCGAGAAGAAAAACGAUUUAUUCGAAACGGACAUGGACAUACUAGCCGCCGAGGAUUGGUGCGUUAUCUCGCACAAGGAGACGUUUCCACGAAUUAUGGACAUCGACAUGGCUGUGGAAAGAUUGUGCGCAAAGAAGUUCAUCGAUGAAAAUUCAUACAUCUUAAUGCAGCAUGCUACGAUUCAAAAGAAGGAGCCGAUCCCCCAACUUUUUUCAUGCGAGUAUAUUAUCGAUAUGAAUUACGUGAUCAUCGAACGCAUCGCUCAUUAUUCGGCCAAUAUAAUUAAUUACGGGCCAUGGAUCGUGAACAUGAGAAUGAAAACGAUGGGAAAAAGAGACUACCUCGGGAAACGCGGUAUCGUGGUGCAGUUAAUGAAAAACACGAAUGUGCCGGUCGGAGAUUACGCAGUUUUACAAGUGACUUGGUAUCCAACCCAAGAGAAAUUCUCCGAGAAGAGCACGAACGUGAAGUACACGAUUUACAUUGAAGUGUCGCACGGAUGCACGAUACCUGUGACCAUAAAAGGGACAGUAACUUAUCCAUACGUAACAGUCAAUACAAAAUUUUUGGAUUUCCAAGAUGUCGUCGUGGGAGAAUGUUUGGUUCUUAAUAUCCUGAUCAAAAACGAGUAAUAAGAUUUACUUUUACGAUUGUUAUACGGAGAUUUAUUAAAGUGUUAAGUAUAU